AAUAAUCCAAUAUGGCAGCAGAAAUAUUUACUAUAAUUUUACAAUCUCAAGCAGUAUUAAAAGUAUUAUUAUAAAAGUGCAUGUGCAAACAAAAUUUAUUUUAAUUGUGACGUGUGAUUUGAAAGCAAAGACAGAUUAUUAUAUCUUGUUAUUUACUCAUUUGUUUCAACUUAAUAUUGUUAUUAAUUCUUUUUUUUUUUUUAUGUUUUCUUAUUUUGUUAUAUCAUUAUUAAAUGAUAUAAAAUUGUGAACAGUUAUAUAGAAUGAAAAUAAUAUAGAAUGAAAAUUAUAUAGAAUGAAAAUUAUAUAGAAUGAAAAAAUACAUGCAAAAGAGAAAUUCUGUAUGUUGUUGAAAAUAGAUACAUUAUUUUAAUACUCUAUUCCUUCCUACAAACAUUCCAUCAAGCAGUAACGCGUGUUACUUGGAUGUUACGAAUGAAUGUUGUUAAAAAAUUUACAAUGAAUGAAAUAGACCAAUAAGGAAGAAUAGCGAAGAAGGUCAAUUUUAUUAAUAUCAUCUGAAAUUUCUAUUAAGAUGAAAGAAACAUAUAACAUAAACAAAAUAAAAUCAAAUCUAAGAGAUAAAGAUAAUAAUAAUUAUCUAUGCGUCGUAUGGAAAAAGAAAAGAUUUCGAAACGAUAAUUGUAAAAUAAUUCCUAAACAAAUAGUCGACUAGAUGAUGUAAGAAGUAUGAUGUAACUAUUAGAAAAUAUAUAUCGUGCCUAUAAAUGAAAUGGAUGACUAUAAAACAAAUAUUAAACAUACAAUAUCAUCUAACGAUAUUAAAUUUCUUAUGAUUAUUGAUAUUAUAAUUAUGUUAUUAUAAUUAUAAAUAACGAGAAAAAGAAAUUCCUUCAUUAUCAAAAAUAACAAUGAAAAUCCUUAUUUGAUAUUUUUUUUUUUUUAUCAUUUGAUCAUUGUAUAUUCAAUAGCCUUGAUAAGACUCGAAAGAAAAGUAAUUAGUAUCAGCCUCAUAACGUGACGUUAGGAGAGAUAAGCUACAUAUUCUGUUUGUAUUAAUAAUUGAAUAAAUCAACAACUUGGUCGUUUCUUUUUUUUUUUUUUUUUUGUGCAACGAGAAUACAAAAAUACGAGUAUAGUAAUAGGAUAUUCUUUCUUUAAAAGAGUCGAAUUAGCAGAAUUUAAUAUAUACGUGUGAACCUUUGAUAGAAAUUUUAUGGAAGCAUGAGCAUUGAAAACAUAGAAUUCGAGAUGAUGCAAGGAAAUAGUCAUUCAAGAUGCGAAUUUUUGAAGAAAUAUUUUGGAUGGAUGAGACACGUUUCGGUGGAACCAACUAUGUGGCUUUAUAUGAUGGCUUUCAUGGUGACCUCGGUAGUGGAACAAGAUUUUUUCAUUUAUAAAGCUUGCAGAGUCGAUCACGAUCUAUCCGAAGAAACAUGCGUAAAUUUGAAAACAAACAAAACUUUAAACGCCGAAGUUCAGAUAUCCGUAUCGGAAUUUCAUCAAUGGAAUAAUAUAGCGGGACACGUGGUACCGAUAAUUUUAGCAUUGUUUUUUGGAAAUUGGAGCGAUAGACACGGUAGAAAGCUACCAUUGAUUUUAGGAUUGAUUGGCAAAUUUAUAUAUUCUUUUAUGGUGAUCAUUAAUUCCUUAAUGAAUACAUGGAAUUUGAAUAUGGUUAUAUAUACCGCGAGUUUACCUAUGGGAAUGCUUGGAGGUGACGUUGCUAUAUUUGCCAGUUGUUUUUCAUAUAUAUCAGAUGUAACAAAAGUUCAACAGAGAACUUUAAGAAUCACUAUACUCGAUGUUGUUUAUCUCAGUACUAUGCCUACCGGUGUGGCCCUUGGCUCGUACCUUUUCACGAAGGUCUUAAAUUCGUCCUACAGUAUAAUGUUCACAAUAAACUCUGUUCUCCUUGCCAUUGCUAUUAUCUAUUCUUUUCUAAAUCUCAAAUGGCGAACGUCCACUCAACAACGACAAAUUUUGGGCGUUAAUCCUUUCAUUGAUUUCUUCGAUAAAAAGCACGUAGCAGAAACAAUAAAAACAUUAAUAAGAAGAAGAAACAAUCAUGAAAGAGUUUAUCUUUGGAUUUUCCUAUUAGCAAUGACUUUAUACACUUUUCAAAGAGACGAGAAACCUAUGAGCUAUCUUUACACGCAACUCAAGUUUAAAUGGGGCGUCGCAGAAUUCAGUACAUUUAAAACAUUUCAAUCGGCACUCUUUGUAAUAGCAAUGCUCAUUGGUGUACCUAUAAUGAGUAAACUAUUAAGAUUAAGAGAUACUGUAAUUAUUGCAAUUGGUGCUCUAGCUCAUGCAAGUGGUAGAAUUAUUUUUGCUUUAACCACUAUACCAGAAUUAUUUUACGUUGGAGCGACUGUUGCAGCUUUGGGUCCUAGCGUUGCACCAGUAUUAAGAUCAAUGACUUCCAAACUUGUUCCUAUAGAAGAAAGAGGUAAAGUGUUCGCUAUGUUAUCUGUUUGUGACAAUGCAGUACCUCUCUUUAGUGGUAUUUUAUAUUCUCAACUUUAUAACCUAACAAUUAAUACAGCACCUAGUUCUAUAUAUUGGUUAACAUUUUCUACCCAAAUUAUGGUACUUUUACUUAUCUCUGUAAUACAUUUUUCAUCUAAAAAUGAAAAUGUACAGGAAGAAAAUGACGAAGAAAACAAUAUUGAAAGUGAAUUAGAACAUGAUUAAUCUUUGAAUUGCGAUAAUAUGAAUAAAAAUGAAUGAUAAAGCAAUAACAUUCAUACAAAAUAAUAAAAAUAGAUAUUUAUACAAUUAAUAAUUAAUUUUUAUAAUUACAUAGAUUAUGUUCAUAUUUCAAAUUUUAUAUGUUACGUAAAUUAUAUUUAUAUUUUAAAAAAGAAAUUUUUUAAAUGUUUCGUUCAUGUUUUAAUGACGCUGUUUCAAAAUGUUUCAAAAUUGUACAUAAUAAAAGACAAAUAUCUAUAAACUACACAAGAGAGAGAGAGAGAGAGAAAAUUGUGUGAAGUUUUUAUAUAUUUUAUAGACUUUAUAUAUACUUAUCAAAUAAUGACAAUAAUGAAAAUAAUGAUUUGUUGUUAAAUUUAAUUAUAAAAAAAAAAAAUGAAAGUUUAUAUAAAAAUACAUAUAUAAUACAAUUAAUCGCAUCAUUAAUCUGUAUAUACUGUUUAAUAAUUGUUGCGAUUAAUUAAUAUUAGAAUACAGAUAGAAAAAUUAUUGUUGAGAAACGUUUAAUAAAUGGAAGAUUUCUGAACA